AUAAACGCUUAUUCCAAAAGUAUUCAGAAAUUUCAUAUAGAGAAACUCCCGUUUUUCUUUACUUAAUCAGUCUUUAUUCAACACAUUAGUAUCGCUCUCCUCCAAGGAUCGCUCCGACCUCACCGUUUCACAGCAAGUGGCGCGGAGAGAGAUGAUGGGGGGAAUCAAACAAGAGCAGAGUGAUGCAUCCCAGCAGCCCAGAGCUUCACACACCGGGGACCAUCAAGAGGAGCCAAAGAAGCGAGGGUGGCCAAAGGGGAAGAAAAGAAAGAAGGUUCUCCCCAAUGGUCCUAAGGCACCGGUAACAGGAUACGUCCGCUUCCUCAACGAGCGGCGAGAGGUUAUGAGAGCCCGAUACCCCGACUUACCUUUCCCUGAGAUCACAAAGAGACUCGGAGCAGAGUGGACGCGAUUAGCCGCAAAUGACAAACAGCGCUAUCUGGAUGAGGCGGAGCGAGAGAAGAUGCAGUAUGCCCAGGAGCUGAAGGAGUAUCAGCAGACCGAGGCCUAUCACAUCACCAGCGCCAAGAUACACGACAAGAAGAUCAAAAAAGAAGAUAGUCCGUCUGUCGUUGUCAGCUCUAGCUCAGGAUCGUCUUUAACAAAGGUUUCUGAGCUUCCAAGCAGAUUUGACAUUCCAAUUUUCACAGAAGAGUUCCUCGAUCAGAAUAAAGCCCGAGAAGCGGAGUUGCGACGGCUUCGGAAGGCGAACAUUGAGUUCGAGGAGCAGAAUGCCGUGCUGCAGCGCCACAUCAACGACAUGAACAACGCUAAAGAACGGCUGGAGGCUGAACUGGGGCUGGAUGAAAAGCGUACUCAGGCUCUCCACACGCACCUGCUGGCCAUCAAACACACACUGGUCAACAGUCUGUCUGCAGUCCCUCUGCCAGGUACAGGUGAGACGGCGUCUCUUGGGAAUCUUGACUCGUACCUGAGUCGACUCAGCGGAGUCCUUGAGGGAAAUCCUCAGAAGCAUCGGGCCCUGCUCAGCCAACUUCACGAGGUCUUUUCUCAUCUUGACAGUGAGAAGUUAUGAGGAUACUCCACCCAGAUGCCCACGCAGCUAUGCCUCAUCAGAACUCAUGACAGUAAUAGUCCAUGUCAGUUCCUUUCAACAGAGCAUGUGGGUGUGAUCAAAUCUGAAGUGGAAAUGGUACCAGUUCUUCUGAGCAACACAUAUGGUCCAUGUCUACAUGUCUGUUGUUUAUGGAUACAUGUAUUCUGUAUGACGUGUGCUUCUGCACAUGUUUUGUUCUGAAUGUGAAUCUGUGUGGCAGCAGGCAAGUAUUUUGUCAACUUAAGGUCUAGUUUUCUCUAGAACCACCCUAACUGGACAAACAAGGUUGACUCUAAUUGAGUUUUAUAGUUCUUGUUUUGUUUUUUUUAUCAGCAGUUGUCCUCAGGUUUGUGGCAGAUCCAGUUCAGCAUGUGUAUAUGAUUAUUUUCCUUAGAAUGCAUCGACAAAAGAAGAAACGGAACGGCACGGCUAAAUCUUAAAUGCUGGGGUAUAAAAUGUUGUAUUUUUCACUUUGCCAGGUUGUGGGAUCAACGUACUCUUUCAAAUAAUGUCAGGACAUUGUAUGUUGGUGCGGUGUAAUUGUAUUUUUUACAGAUGUUCAAUAAAUCAUAUUGAACACAUUGUUUUCAACAAAAGAA